AUGCCCAGCACUGCCCUGGCCGCACCAAGGCAGGUAGUCAGCGAGUAUCCUGCGUCAGCGGCAGGCCGCCCUGGUGACCUGGCUCUGAACUCGGAGGAGCCUCUGGGGGCGUGGGGCCAGAACAGCACCUGCAGCCUCCUGGGGAAGAGGACCGGCCAGCCCGUCUCCACCUUCCUGGAUGAGGGGAAGGAGGGUAUGGGUGGAGUUUGGACUUGGACACCUGCCCAGGCACACCUGUCACUCUGGGUCACCCUGCGGAUGGCUGUGCUGGUGCUGCCAGGAUGGUGCAGGGAGCUGGGGGCCACGGGGGAGCAGCGGGGACCUCCUGACGCCCCCAGGACACACUGUCCCUCCAGUGAGGACUUGUCCGGGGCUCCGGUCUCCCUGCCCGUCCUGGCGGCACCAUCUUCCUCCAGCGGUGACCCCGCUCCUGCUGUCUGCUUCCCGCUCCCUGGUGGCCGGACUGUGCGCCGGGGCUGGAUGGCCCUGCGAGACGUCAGAGGGAAAGCAGGCUGA